AAGAACAAACGGUCUUAUUGUUUCCUUACUUUCUGAGUAUGGAGUUAGUGCCGUGGCUUUUUUUUUUCUUCAGGAAGCUUGCAAAUUCUGUCGACGUACAGCAAGUUACAUAAUAAUCAGGAGCAGAAGUUUGUGUGCAUCUCACAAAGAGGCGUGGGCAGGUGUUUUUCAGACCACUCUAAGCUUUAGAGCCAAUAAAGAAAUAAGAAUGGAUAAUGCUGUAUCUGCAUUUGGUGGUCUCCUGAGUGAAGUCACCACAGUUUUUUCCUGUGUUCUUUCCUGCUGACCAGUGGCUCAAUCUGAGUUAGGCAUGUUUAUGCAGCCUGUGGCUCACAGGCAGUCAUUCAGUGUCCCCAUUCGGAUAACACUGCAGUGCAGAAGGAGAUGCCAGAUGCGGGAAGCCUUUACUGCCGCAGCUAGUAAGAAUAUUAAAAAAGAUGCUUCUGAUGGUGGAAAGGGAAAUGAUAAGAACAAGCAGUCGGCUUCAUCUAAUGCUGGAGAGGACAGGGCCAUGCUGCUGGGAUUCUUUAUGAUGGGAUUUUCUGUUCUAAUGUAUUUCUUGCUUGGGAUCACAAUUCUAAAACCCUUCAUGCUAAGCAUCUGGAGUGAAACCUCAAACUGCACUCUUAUAAGAGCUGAUAUUAUGGAUGAAUGGGUGGACUGUUACUUCACCUGUGGGGUUAAUUGCCGUGGCCAGUCCAAGUAUCCGUGCCUUCAAGUGUUUGUAAACCUCUCUCAGUAUCGACAGAAAGCUCUAUUGCACUACAAUGAAGAAGCAAUUCAGAUAAACCCAAAGUGUUUUUACAUACCAAGAUGCCAACGUGACCGAUCUGAAUUGCUCAGCACUGCCUUAUCCAUUAAGAAGUCCUUUGACCACAACAAUAGUACUCCAUUUUCUUGUUACUACAACCCAGACAGCAAACCAGAGGAUGUUAUUCUUGUUAAAAAAUAUGAUGGAUGGAUUGCUUUUCACUGCCUGUUCUGGCCAACCAUGAUGUUGUUAGGUGGUGCUGCAAUUGUUGGGAUGGUGAAGCUGACACAGCAUUUGUCACAGCUAUGUGAGGAAUAUGCAGUUGUCCAGAAGGAGCCCACUCAGAAAGUCACAUCAGAAACAAAAGACCCAGACAAUCUGUCAAUGAAACAUGACAAGAUUAUAAGGUGGAGGCAGAACUUAAGGACUAUGCACCAUACCCCCUUACCAUGACUUCAAUACAUUCUAACCUUUCAAGAGUGCAUGUUGCUUGCAUUUUUAUAUAGUCUCAGUUAUUAAUGGAAAAAAAGUCUUUAAAAGUCCAUCUUGAACUAUGUUUGCAGGGUAAGAACUCAGUAUUUUUUUUUGUAUUUUUAAACAGCCUUUUUUCUUAAUGUCCUUUAGUAAAGCUGUUCUGUUUGUACAAUUUUA